AUGGCCAAGUCGAAGAACCACACGAACCACAACCAAAGCCGCAAGGCCCACCGAAACGGUAUCAAAAAGCCGAAGACCAACAAGUACCCCAGCUUGAAGGGAGUCGACCCCAAGUUCGUCCGCAACCAGAGGUACGCCAAGCACGGAACCGAGAAGGCUCUCCGUGAGUCGAGGGCU